AUGCACCUUCCGCACGCAAGCCCACCGGCCCUUAGCAUGGCUGAUGUAUACUCGCAUAUCCACGAGUACUACCGGCAGAGUCACGGGGAGCUAGUGCAGACUGGAUCCCCGGCAGUGUUGUGUUCUGCUCUACCCGGACAUUGGCGCUCGAAUAAAUCUCUACCAGUGGCCUUCAAAGUGGUUGCUUUAGACGACGUUCAAGAUGGGACUCUAGUGACUAUCAAAGCUGGAAACGAUGAAAACGUCAUGGCUGAGUUAAGAAACUGCACGGCUGUGAUGAAGAAUCAAGUCGCAAAGUUCAAUGACUUGAGAUUUGUCGGUCGCAGCGGACGUGGAAAGUCAUUCUCAUUGACUAUCACAAUCAGCACAUUCCCAAGCCAAGUCGCUACUUACUGCAAGGCAAUCAAAGUUACCGUCGAUGGUCCAAGAGAACCAAGAACAAAACAAAACUAUGGUUACGGACAUCCUGGUGCCUUUAAUCCGUUUUUGCUCAACCCUGGCUGGUUUGACGCUGCCUACCUCAACUACGCUUGGGCGGAUUAUUUCAGACCGCCGAUGAGAGAGCAGACCGCCACGCUCAUAAAAGGAGCGGCUCCAAUAGUAACACCACCAGUGACGUUGCCUGGAUCAGAAUUAUUUCCAUUCCCGCCGGCAAUGACUAACUUGCCACCGGGUGGAUUGCUGCCACCACCGGGUGCAUUUUUGCCUCCGAAUGGACUACUACCCUUCGCGCCACAUCCUGCUGAGCUGGCAUUGAAAUCUUUACCACCGGAGUUGACCCUUAAGAACGGUGUAAAUCCCUACGAUGCCUUGAGAAAUUUACAAAGCAAUGUAUCAUCGAUGGAUACGUCAAGUGUUCGUUUAUCACCCACAAGCAGCAGACAAAGUGGAAGUCCACGGAGCAUUGUAAACGCUAGUCCAAGAUCAAAAGCAGAUUCAAAGUCAGAAGUAAAUUCAACGCAUGAUGCUAUUAUUUCAGACGAGUCUGAUGAAGAGCCGAUCGAAGUUGUCAAAUCAGCUUUCCAUCCAACUAGACCAGCGAACCUGGAACUUCAGGAAAUAAAACAAGUACAAGCAGCUGACUCGACUGUUUCUGACAGACCACGCUUACGUAAUGAACUGAAGGCGCCUUCCACGAGAGUAACAAGGGUUAUUUCCUCUAGUCCUACACCCACCAAAAUUACGAAUGGAACGAUACCAACCCACAAAUCAGUAUGGCGACCAUAUUGA